GCAAAUUCCUUCCCACGUUGCCGCCCUCACUCUGCGCAUCUCCACCUAGUCGACGGUAGCGGUACUCGGUCCAACGUUUACAUUGCCGAAUCUUGUGUCAGAAACAACAAGCGCAGGAGAGAAACCAUGUCUGCCUGGGUGUGGAUUUUAGGCGCGGGUGCUACGGCUUUCUUCGGUCGCGCAGCACUUGUGGCACUUCGGAGAUCGGGCGGUGGCGCGGCCUUGGGGCGAGGAUACUACAAGGGCGGUUUUGAGCCCAAGAUGACACGGAGAGAGGCUGCUUUGAUACUCGAGAUGCCGGAACGAGGCAUUACGAAAGAACUCCUACGAAAGAAGCAUCGAUCGCUCAUGCUUCUAAACCACCCCGAUCGAGGCGGCAGCCCAUACCUAGCGACCAAAGUAAACGAAGCGAAAGAAUUAUUGGAAAAGGAAGUCAAGUAGGAAGAGGGGGUGUAUACCAAGACUGUAUUAUAUAUGGCACGAUUCUCAGCAUCAGCAUGGCGUUGGACUGAAUACGACUGGAUUUGACGAUUCUGACAUGCACAUCGUAUGACUUGUUUUAGGAUGCUAACACUACUUUAAGAUUACAAUUUACUUCCCUCC